GACCACUUGCUUACCUGUUGAUAUUGCAGCAGAAGAAGAAGAUAUCAUGAACAUCAACCCAGGGUCUUGAGCAUUGUUGAUGAACAAUCCCAUCACAAUACCAACAUGUUAUAUAGGAAUCAGAAAGGCGAAUGAUACAUUGCUGUUGACCAGACAGUGUCUAUCUAGGUAGAUACACAUAUUACAAGUGCGAUUACCACGAAGCGGAACCUGAAUUCUCGUCCAUGAACGCACCCCUCACGCUUGAAAAGACUUUCGGGUUUCCCCCAAAAACGAAGCUUUGAAAACCAAGACACGCCAAAACCAAGAUUUGAGAGUCAAAUCUACGUUGAGCCAUUAGAGACACUGCGGUGGUGCGAUCGAUGUCACUGGCACUCACUGUCGCACGUCAUUUGUACCUCCCCUCUUCAACCGCAUGCCCGCGGUUUCUCUCUCGUAACUCCGAGAUUUCAUACUUACUUCCAGUUGACUUUGAAGUUUCCAAUCUAUAUAUCCUCUUUGUUAACAUGAACUUUUCUCUUCAUUAACUUCUUCCCUCUACAACUUCUUCCCUAUACAAUCUUCUUCUCUUUAUAACUUCUUCUCUCUAGAAUCUCUCCCCUCCAUAUUUCUCUCCCCUCCCGCAAAAAAACUCCCGAUACACUACACCUCUUACCCAUAACAACAUAAAGUCUAGCGUCUCCAUCACAAUGCCUAUUCUCGCCGGAAAAGAAAUAUCCCAAAAUGGCCUAGGUCUCAUGCGUAUGACCUGGCGCGGCGAGCAAACUCCGGACAGCAUUGCAUUUCCCGUCCUGAAAGCCGCUCUCGCAGCCGGAGUAAAUGUAUGGAAUGGCGCAGAUUUCUACGGCUCUCCAGAAAACAACUCCCUUCACCUCCUCGCGCGCUACUUCGCAGAGUAUCCUGAAGAUGCAGAGAAAGUGGUUCUCUGUAUCAAGAGUGGAUUUGCCGAUCGAAAGACGUUCACGAUGGACAGUUCGCCAGAAGCGGUCUACAAGUAUGUCGAAAACGCCAAGAAGAUUUUAGGAGGCCAUAAACGCAUCGAUCUUUUCGGUAUGGCUAGACAGGAUAAGAUGACGCCGAUUGAGGAUACUGUUAGGGCUUUGAAUGAGUGCGUCAAGAAGGAUUUGAUUGGCGGAAUUCAAUUGAGUGAAGUCUCGGCCAAUUCCAUUCGCCGUGCUAGUGCGGUGGCAAAGAUCGAUAUGCUCGAGGCGGAAAUUAGCUUGUGGGCUACGGAUGUCUUUGAGAACGGCGUGGCAGAAGCUUGUGGAGAAUUGGGAAUCGUCAUGGUUGCUCAUACACCACUUGGAGCAGGUAUGCUGACGGGGCAAUUCAAGAGUCUGGAUGAUUUGCCAGAGAGUGAUCCUCAUCGCCACUUUCCCCGUUUCCAACCAGAAAACUUUCAAAAGAAUUUAGAUUUGGUGGAGGAGUUAGGAAAGCUGGCUUUGAACAAGGGAUGCACACCGGCACAGUUGGCUUUGUGUUGGAUCAAGUCACAGAGCAAGAAGCCGGGCUAUCCUCUCAUCAUUCCAGUCUUUGGAGCUAGAUCCGAGUCUAGGGUUGAGGAGAAUACUACCGAGGUUGAAUUGACGGACUCGGAUCUUGAUACGAUUAAUGAGAUUCUUGCUAGUUUCCCAGUGCAAGGACAUCGGUAUCCAGCUGCCACUGCUUCUCUUUGUGAGUACUAGGGCGUGAUCUGCAUUGUAAUUGGCAUGGCACAGAGCAAAGUGAAUAUAGGUACAAUCGAUGAAAUUGAAUCAUAAAUUAUUGGUUUUCGUAUAAAUUGGCUACAUGAUGACUACUAUAUGGUUGAUUGAUAGGGAGACUCAAUUUACUUCAACAAUGUUAACAAAAAACCCUUACAAACACCUCGGAUUUGAGAAAGCAAGAGAGAAUCUUCCACACCAAGUUCGAUAGAUAUCUGCAAUGCACAGAAUUAAAAUCCCACUAGACAGCUCCUGGAUUUCUCCUCUCCUCUUCUCAAUCUCCAUCCUAUUUGGUAUCUCCACGGCUUGUGUUGGGCGUUUUUCUACUUGCUUAAUUAAUACCAAUAAGGAUCUAUAUAAGAAAAGAAGAAGCAGAAACGAGAAAGAUGCCGCGGUCGGACAGAAGCGGCGAUGGAGAGAACCAAAAUCGAGAAUAAAACAAACAGUGGGAGAUCAAAGAUGACGGUAGAAUCGCACGAACAGCACAAGAACUAAGAUGCUGAUGCUGCCUGAAGUUACUUACGGGUAUGAUCUAUACUAUGAUCUGUGAUAUGCAAUACGCAACCGAGAGACGAUGUCGCAAGCUGUGCUAAACUCUAGUUUUCGUCUGUGUCUUUGGUUGUUCAUAGAAAGUACGAGAGUAAAAGGAAGUGAGAAAGGGAGGCUGUCGGAGGCCUUGAGUAGGUAGAAAUUCAGCUUGGUUGAAGUAUGCAUGCACGCA